UACAAAAACAUUGAUUUUCAGGUGGUUACAAUCUUUGAAUCUUGAAAAUUACUAGAGAUCAAGUUUGGUGAUUUCUUGUUGGUUCAGAGGCUUUUUCACCACCAGAAAGCAAAAAAUUAAAAGGAAAAAAAAAAGAACAACCUCUGAGAAAAUUACUUGAACAGAAAAAUGUCCGUGGAAAUCGAAACCGAACCGAUACCUUCGGUCAAAGACCUGGCCAGUUCUGAACCGUCGACUCGAAGAGCUUGUUUGAAAACCAUCACGACACAUUUGGAGGAGCGGUCACCUUCGAACCCAUUGACGCCCACACAGUGUCUCCAACUCUGGAGAGGUUUGUACGUGGCACUCUACAUGCACGACAGUAAGAAUGCAGUUUCGGUACAGAACCUGGCGUCGGAACUUUCCAAAACCGUCCAAACCAUGGCUUCCAAGGAUGAUGAGUUACGAACCGGCCAAUCAGACCCGUCGUGGCUACAAAGUUGGUCACUUGCAUUCUGGGAAACCAUCUGCCGGGAAUGGUCUUCUAUCGAUCAGUGGAGGAUGAACAAGAUCUUGAUGCUCGUCCGGUUUGUCGUGAGGGAAACGUUCAACGUUUCAUUGUCACGAGCCGCGUCAGAACUGGAUGACGACACCUCAACCUCUCCUUCCAGUCUGUCAAUCACCUCCCAACAGACGAAGAUUUUCGAGACUUGGCCAUUGAGUCCCAGAGAACGACAAGUGCCGGACGGAUUGAGAUUACACGUUCUAGACGUAUGGGUCGACGAGUUGUCCGGUCAAGUCGACGCUGUGCAAAAGGGUCUCGAUGAAGGGUCCGGCGAAACAAGUGCAGAGAAGAAAUCGACCUUGAUCGACGGAGCGGCCAAGAGAUUCAUGGUACCCGUGGAAAAAAUCAGCAAAGAAGCCAUCAGCAGGGGUGUCAAGAUGAGGGCCAAGGAUGCAUUGAAAAGAUGGCAAGAAUCGUUUUCGUCUUGAGAAAUGAGACAAUUGGGAGAAUGAAGAUUAGUAUUCGCCGGACAUCCUGACAAAAACGUCGAUCUACUUAACCAAGCGCCGCCCCAGUCGGAUUUAAUGGCGGUCUCAAUAGCACCUUGUCCGAACGAUCGAGAGUUUUCUUUACAAAGCAGAAACCCGGCAUCACCAAUGGAGAGACGAAAAUGGUCAAGCGGUUCAAAAGAUGACAAUCAUGAACAUCAAACGUCCCUCUUGAUUCCCACAUCGUCAAAACUCGAAAGAUCUAGACUUUGUCAUUAUUCAGAUCUCGACAAAGUAUUUGACUUUUUGUCGUUCACGUCCAAUGCUCAUGAAGUUCAUUGGAUGAUGGGCGGCCCGGUGGACUUUUUCUUCGUCGACAACCUGAAGCAUCCCAUACCGGUCCGGGAAUCGGAUGUGUCCUCUCCAGAACCGGAUGGGGUUUCGCUCGACUCGAGCUUUAUCAAAUUCCCAAACACCAAACAAGUGACGACCUAAUGGGUCCGAUGACGAGUCAAGCCGUCGUACUCUGUUACCCCCCGGAAACUACGAGCAUUCCGAGUACAUUGGUGGUCUCAUCAUAAUGGGGGAGCUCGUACUUGCAUAGAAUACUCUCCCGGCUCCUGAUGUCCAGUACAUGGAACUCGGUAUCCCCGUCGAGGUCCUCCCAUGUACCCCGGCCGACCAAAAAUGAAUGACUUACAUGGUUACUUACUCCCUUACGGAGGAUGAGAAGCACACCCUGUCGGGAUCUCGGGAGGAUAAGAAUAAAAAGGUUCCUUGAAGAUACCGUCACAGACAGCCUAGGAGAAUUUGGGCAUUCUCAAGAUAUCAUCGAUACCCAAACCAAGGUUGGCUACUACCUAGAUUGACAUGAACACAAUGUCCAUGGUGCCGUACAGGUGUGACUCGGGCAAAGGCGUGAAAAAAGAAACCCCAAAAAGACAUGACAAAAUCAAGUAACCAUUAAUAUUCCCAAAC